AUGAGCUCCCUACUCAACCCUAUUCACAGUGCGAAGCAGAAAUGCCGCCCCAAACACCAGGUCCUUGUCCUGAAAUGCUAUCCCAAAUACCAGAAGAAUGUUCAGGAGGUUAAGCCCAUGUCCUCCGAGCUCAGCUACUUGCUUUAUUAUGCAUCCACUCGUCGCAACAAGCUGCAGAAGGUCGGCGCAUUCCUCGAGAAGAAGAACGCCGGCGAUGUCUGGAAAGGAAGGCUCGGCAAUGUCCAGGUCACCCUUCAGAUCCUCGCUGCCAUCAUUGAGAAAGCGCCCCGCGACCUCUCCCUUUAUUCCAGAUCCGUUCUCACCAUCCUCGAUUCGGUCCUACGGUCGAAAGACGUGAACAUGGUGGAAGACUCGAUUCCCACAUUUGAAGCAUACUGUAAAUAUGUGGAUGUCGCCUCGCUCACGGCCGAUCAGCAGCGGGCUCAGCAAUAUAUCUCCCUGGUGCAGCACUACGCGGGAUUUGCCUUGAAAACAAAACCCUCCGAUAAGAAACAAGGCGACUCCAUCCCGCUCUCUCUGAGAUGGCGGAGAAUCGGGCUCCGGGCCAUUCGGGCCGUCGUGGCCUCUGACGCUUUGGCCGUGGAUUCUAGUCGACAACUGAACCUGGUCAUGCCGGUGAUUCUGGAGAACAUGUCGCUAGAAGAAGAGAACAUCCUGUCUACAUUGCAGCAGCGAGCAAAGACAAGCGAGAGGAUGGACGAUGAAUCGGCUAGGAGGAGGCGCAUGAGUAUUGCCACCGUCACGACCGUCGACACCAUUGACGGCGAUCCAGCUGCCGCCGUGGAGACCACUGCAGGGGCGGACAAGGUCGCCGAAGACGAGGUUAGAGCCUUGGCACUGAGAUGCCUGAAACAAAUCUUCUCUGUCGGUAUUGGAAGUACAAGAGGUCAAACGAGGUUGGCAACAGCUUUGACCCUGAAGUUCAUUGCUUCGAAAAACCCGCCCAAAGUUACCCCGGAAACAUCAAGAACCGGCAACUGGGCGACGUCUCUGUUUGAAGCAAUUGCGAGAUGGACGCCCGUUCAAGAUCGUUUCAUUAUCGUCGUCACCGCCAUGGAAACAUUGGUCAGAAGCCCCGUGGCGGAAGGCGUCCUGGAAAAACAGCUGGUCCUCACGACCAUGAUCGAUUGGCUUCUCAGUUCGCCUGUCAAUCUCAUUGGAUUGAGCGUCAUGGAUGUUCUGCUCGGAUUCAUUCAGCACAUGCUGGUUCUCCUCCAGCUUGGUGGACCCAAUGCUCGUAUGCCACAGCCACAUCGAGAGGACACUCUCGGCUUCUAUCGAGAAGCCAAGGAGGCAUUCGAUCCAGGCUCAAUCUUGACCGAAAACAAAAUGUCCCGAACGCCUUCUAAAGAGCUAACCGCAUCGCCCGUCCGGCAAGAAUUGCUGGAGAGGUUGCAGAAAUGCAUCGCUUCCCUUUCCAACCACAUCUACUACACAGACCAGAUCAGUGACAUGCUGACAGCAAUCCUUGCGCGGCUGAAACCAUCACCACAGUCGGACGUCCCAACAUCGGCAGCGGCGAUUAAUGACCCAGCAGCCGCAACAAAAGCAAUUGCGGAGUCUGCGAACAUCCACGAAGACACCAACACCUCUACGUUCUUCUCGUUCGCAACUGCGCGGGUCGCUGCUUGCCGAGUCAUCAAAGAAAUCUUGGUCCGCGCCAAUAGCAGACGAAGCGCAACAGGAGCACCCAUCGAAGCACGUGCACGGGUCGGGGUGCAAGUGUGGGAAGGCACCCAGUGGCUUCUCAAGGAUGAAGACCAUGAGGUGAGAUUUGCGUACGUCGACGCAUUACUGGCCUGGCUCAAGCUUGAAACCACCAAGAGCGACAUGCUUCUGCCCCGAGACGGCAAUCGAAAGCAAGCGCAGUCUAAGAAACACCUGGGCGAGAACGGCGUGGCUAAGAGGGCGGUCUCGAGCGCAUCUCGCAAAGAAAACAAACCUACGAGAUCCAACUUCCUUGCUCUACUCCAUCUCGCUGUUUACGACAGCGUCCUGGAGGAUGUUGAGAACGAAUCGAAUCUGCUUCUUCUCUACCUCCUCUUAACCAAAUUGGUUGAACGUCUCGGCGUCAACGCGGUUCGCAGUGGCUUGCCCAUGAUCCUGAGACUCCAGGAAACAGCUCUUAAUGGAGAGGUCGUCUCCACGUCUGGACGAGUCAACGUCGCGAGUGUGGUGCAUGGCUAUCUGUGGACGAUCGCGGACAAUUUUGACUUUGAGACAAGCCCAAUCGGCCAGGAGAUCAACGCAGAGAUCUCUAGGAGGAAACGCUUUGGGAUCUGGCUCGAAAGGGUCAAAUUUCCUGCCCUGUCCGUCGAGGACAUCAGACAUCUUCGGAAGGGGGAUCAGAAGCCCCCGCUCUAUAAUGAAGAAGCCGUCGAAACCAUCAAGCCGUUCUUGUCAAUUGCAAACAUUGUGGAGGAAAUUGCAUCUGCAUAUGACAGCACUUUGCUGACGCCGCCAACCUCUGCCCCAUCCUCACCUGGCAGAAUUUUCUCGGUUCCGAGUCUUGGAUUUGGCUACGGUUACGGAGCCGCUCCUCAACCGAAGCCCUCGAGAGAGGACCAGCUUCCACAAAAGGUCAAGGACGAGAUGGCCGCAGGGUGGAGCAGAGAAGCAUGCAUUGCUGCGGUCGAGAAGGAGAGUGCCGCAUCUGUGACCGGAUCUCGAACUGGGGCAUCUUCCAUCCCCAAACAACACCUCGGUCUCAAUGGUGCUGCUCGUCCGUUUGGCUCGGUGAAUGGGAAAGAGUCAACAGGGGCUGUGAAUGGCACCACAACCCCAACAUACGGUCUUACUGGCGGAUUAGGAAGCCUCACCCAGGUUCGAAGGGCGAGUGCCACCGGGUCUCCUGCAAGGGUCCCGACCACGUCCAGCAGAGAUUCCACGGUGAGGGUUACUGAUUUGAAAAGAGCGCUCUCCGGCUACGGCGUUUCUGGGAGGCGACAGAGUCCGCUGCGGAGACCGCAGGCAAGUUCUCGAAGGAGUACGGCGAGCAGCGGAAGCAGCAGCAGCAUGCUUAGUUGGGAUGAUGCUGACGAUCGAAACCCGUCCUUCCUCGACGUAGCAGCUAGUGGUAGCCCGAACGACCAGGCUCUCGUCAGCGGUCCGCCUAGGCCGCAGACAUCAUCCUCAACCAACGCGAAGACGGCAGAUCAAAGGGACCAGAAAGAGGUCACAUACCACGAUCAAGCGACGCUGCCGAGCGUCACAAUCGAUCCUCGUACGGAUGCAACAGUGCCGCCCGUGCCAAAGAUCCCGUCAACCCUCAACCUUCCGGGUACAUGGCCCCGUGAUACUUCGCCUGCGCGACCAGCAGAGACAUCGCCGGAUACAGCAGCCCCAGGCGUGCCAGAAAGUCCUGAAUCACGAAAAACCACGAGCAAAGCAUAUUCGCCGUCUCCAGUGCGAGAGAAGCAAAGCCUUCGAAAGGCCUCCCGGCCAACAAGCCGCAAGGGGCCGACGUCACUAUCCUCAUCUCCAAAUGAAAAGUUCGAUCUGGGGUCACUGUUGGCGGCCAUUCCUAUUCCCAUUGCAGACGCAGCAGGGGAUAUGCAGAAGGAAAACCGAACCGGCCGGCUCAUUCGGCCUCCUUAUUGA